CUCUAGUCAGCAGCUCGGCAGGGGCAGGGUGAUUUGCGAUCGGACGCUGCGCAGCUCGGAGCAGGCAGCACCAUGGUGAAGAUCGCCUUCAGUUCUCCCUUCGCCCAGAAGGACGAGCCCAAGAAGGAUGCAGCCGAGGCACUGGUGGCUGACAAGGAUCCAGAAAUUGCAACACAUGGAAAUGAAAAUUCAUCUGGAAGAUGUUUAUUGACCCUUUUGGGUCUUGCAUUCAUCUUAGCAGGGGUUGUGGUUGGUGGAGCCUGCAUCUACAAGUACUUCAUGCCUAAGCAUAAGGUGUACCGUGGGGAAAUGUGUUACUUUGAAAAUGAAAAUCAGGAUCGUGCUCUAGAACCGUACUUCCUGCCCAUUGCAGAAGAAGCUGAUAUUCGGGAAGAUGAUAACAUAGCAAUCAUUGAUGUUCCAGUUCCGAAGUUCUCGGAUAGUGACCCAGCAGCUAUUGUUCAUGAUUUUGACAGGCUUCUGACUGCUUAUCUUGACUUACAACUGGGUAAUUGCUAUGUGAUCCCUCUGAACACAUCCAUUGUUAUGCCACCAAGGAAUCUGAUGGACCUGUUCGCAAAACUGGCGACUGGUUCUUACUUGCCUCAGACUUAUCUAGUUCGUGAAGAAAUGGUGGUAACAGAAGAGAUAGAUAAUGUGUCUGAUUUGGGCAUCUUCAUUUACCAGCUUUGUGUAGGAAAAGAGACCUUCAGACUGCAGCGCAGAGAUCAGAGAGCAGGUCUCCAGAAGCGCUCAGCUGAGAACUGUCAUACAAUCAGACACUUUGAAAAUUCUUUUGUGGUUGAAACAAAGAUCUGUCAACAGUGAAAGACACUGGAUGGAAAGUGACUAUUUCACAUCUUCAUUAAAAAGUCUGAGCUUUACAGUUUGACUUCUAAAUUAAAAUGUGCAGUGAUAAUCAAAAGCCUUAUUAUGCAUCUCCUGUGUAUUGCUUGUAUUACAAAACACAAAAUCACCAUUUCAGCUUUCUUUGAUCCUUGGUAUAACAGAAUAUUUUUAGUUGUCUUAUGUAAAACUGAAAUUUGAGACCUUUAGAAGAAAUGUGUUAUCAACUUAUCCAUUGAAUGUGUCUGACUUAGAAUUUUUCUGGGAAAGGCAGGGAAAAAAAAUGUUAAUUGAUUCCUUGGUCAGAAUUACUCCUGGGGGAAUUCUAUACCACUGUGCAUGCAUAGAAUUUAUGUCCCUGCAGAUUUGUGUUUCCCCGCAGAAAAAUGACUUUUUGACGGGGAAACAAAGGGAAGCCACAAAAGUGGCCAUGCGACCCUUCUCAGCAGUAAAUUCAGGACAGCCGGCAGAGAGGUAAAUCGCUGUGAGGCAGGACUGGGGAAGACACAGCUGAUGGCUCCUACCCUGCGCCAGGCUCAGCUGCUAGUCCUGGCUGGGCUGGGGAGGAUUGGACUUCCUCUUCCCUUGCACGGCAUCUGGGGCUGGGUCAGACCCACUCCCAGAUUUCUCCCCUGGCUGUAGGAAGCUAUACAAACUCUCCUCUCCCCCCCCCCCCCCCCUCUCUCUCUCUCACACACACUCACACUCACACACACACACACACACACACACACACACACUUCCUGCACCCAUCAUUCCUCAGCUGCAGCGAUCACUGUACAGGGAGUUGCUUCCCCAUCCAUACAUCCCUGUGCAUUCAGGGCCCCUCACACCCAGAUUCUCUCUCCCCUCCGACGAGCCGCAUUCCCGCUGCACCUGGGCCACCUGGAUCACCCACCCUACCAAGCCCCAACCAGCUGCACCUGGCUUGCAACCCCACUAAGCCCUCUCCCCCCAACAUCUGGACCCCCCCACACACACCCACCCACCCACUGAGCUCUAUCUCCCCACACUAGGACCCCCUCUGCUGAUCCCCAACCACCUUCACCUUGAGCACCCUGCAGAGUCCCAUUACUGUUGCACCCAGAACCCCCCAACAAGUCCCUGUGCCUCCAGAUCUUCUCUCUCUCUCUCCCCUCCCCCCCCCCCCGCACUUGGCUCCCCCACUGAGCUGCCUGCACUUAGAUUGCCCCACACAGAACCCUCUGAACCCGCAGCUGGAUUCCAUCCACGCUUGGAUGCUGCCUUGCUGAGCCUGCCCGCCCGCACCUGGUGCAUGGAGGGGCAGGGCUCUGGGGUGUUUCUCGAGCAGGCCCAGUCCUUGCGCUGUGUCAGGGUUGGUUGCAGCCUCAUCACUGAGUGUGUGCCCCAGGAGGGGGAAACUGCACAGUGAUCGCCCACCUCUGUGCAGCCAGUGCCCUGUGCUCCCCAAUGCCAUUCUGGAGCCUCCACAUUUAUUUGACUAAAUUUGCAGAAUUUUAAGAUGUGCGCAGUUCUGUUUUGUUUUUAAUUUUUUGGCCCAGAAUGCCCUCAAGAGUAGCCGGAAUCAAUUCUUAUACACCUUUUGGUUUUUUUCACAGAAUGAUUAAAUUUAAUGCAUUAAUAAUUUGUGGUUUGCACAUUUAGUGUAGUUCUGUAGAAUUGCUCUGCACUCAGUUUUCUGGUUUGAAAAACAAAAACAAAAAAACAACCUUUCAACAUUUAUCGUUAAAGGUUUUGUUUUAACUUCCAGGUGUGAAGCAUGUAAAAUCUAACCUCAGUGAUUAUAAACCUCUAACACUGCUUUUUUCAUUUUGUGCAAUUACUGUAUUGAACUUGUAUGUAUAUUUGGAACCUUCCCUAAGUUUACAUUUAAAUUCUUUAUACUUUGUUUCAUUUUUGUGGUAUUUAGUUGUCAUAGAUUUAGUUGCUGUUUAAUCUCUAAAGUUUGUGUCAGUAUUUUGGUUAUAAAUUGGUUUAUCUUGUAACUGCUUGUUUCAUUAAACCUCUCUUGAUAUGGCCCACUUGUGGAUGUGACUGUAGCUGUAAAUUUAACAACUUUGGCCUGUACAACAAACUUUUUAGAUCAGAACUUUUUAUGAGCAAGUAGCAUUAUUACUGCAGCCAGAGUAUUGUUCCUUGUGGAGAACUGCAGUAUAAAGUUGGUAAAGAGUUGUUAGAGUGCUGCAGAUUCAAAACUUGAGUCUGUUUUAAUAAGGGACUUUAUAUUGGCAUUAUUCCUGCAACCUUAUAAUAAAUGUUUCUCUAGAA